AGUAUAUUCGGAUAUACUGUAUUUUGACUAGCUGAUAUUAAUAUACUGUGCAGUAAAAUUUGGAAGGUGUGAAAACUUACAAGGAGUGUUAGUAUUAUCUGUAAAGUUUAUUUUUCAAAAAGGUCUCAUAUAUUCCAAAUGAAUCUAACUUGUGCUACUCUGUGCCUAUUGCAGUGGUCUGUUGUCCUCUGAUUACGUGGAGAUUGAGUAUGAUGAAGGAAAGCCAAAACUCAACAAGGGAGGAGAACACUGCUACUAUCAUGGUACCAUCAGAGGUGUGAAGAACUCAAGAGUGUCGCAAUAUCUACUUGCAAUGGUUUACAUGGAAUGUUUGAUGAUGGCACCCACACCUAUACCAUACAUCCAGUGGACCUAACUCACGACACUGAAAGCACAAGUCGUCCCCAUGUCAUAGAGAAAUCUCCAGGAUCCCAAAUUCCUAGUGAACCACACCAUUUAGAUUCUGAGAAGAAAGUCAACAGCCAACAGCCAUUUUUUGCACAAACACAGUGGGUAAGAAGGAGAAGGAAAAGGACAGUCAGUACACGUGGUGGAGUAUUUGAAGAGAUGAAAUAUAUUGAACUUAUGAUUGUGAAUGACCAUCAAAUGUAUAAGAAACAACGUUCUUCUCACAUUCACACCAGCAACUUUGCAAAAUCAAUAGUGAAUGUGGUGGAUUCAAUUUAUAAAGAACAGCUGAACACACGGGUGGUUCUGGUCGCUGUAGAGACGUGGACAGAUAAAGACCGCAUAACAAUUGGCCCUGACCCCCUGAAGAUGUUACAUGACUUCUCCAAGUACAGACAGAAUUAUAUUAAACAACACGCUGAUGCUGUACACCUUCUUUUGAAUGGAAAUUUCCAUUACAAGAGGAGCAGUAUGAGCUAUUUUGGAGGAGUGUGCUCUAUGUCUAGAGGUGUUGGCGUGAAUGAGUAUGGUUUCCUGAUGGCCAUGGCACAGCAGCUGGCACAAAGUUUAGCGCAAAAUCUUGGUAUUCAGUGGGAACCAGCUUCUCGAAAGCUGAAACCAAAAUGUGACUGUGCAGAAAACUUUGGCGGAUGCAUUAUGGAAGAAACAGGAGUGUACCAUUCACGGAGAUUUUCUAAAUGCAGUAUUGCUGAGUUCAAGGAAUUUCUUUCACGAGGAGGGGGUUCAUGUCUAUUUAAUAGGCCAACAAAGCUGUUUGAAGUGACAGAGUGCGGCAAUGGUUAUGUGGAACCAGGAGAAGAGUGUGACUGUGGUUCACGAACAGAUUGUAUUGGAGACUGCUGCAAGAAAUGUUCUUUGUCUAAUGGAGCCCAGUGCAGUGAUGGACCAUGCUGCAACACAUCUUGUCUGUUUUUACCUCGUGAGUAUGAGUGUCGCAAUGCAGUGAACGAUUGUGACAUCACAGAGCAAUGCACAGGAGACUCCGGCCAGUGUCCACCCAAUCUUCGUAAACAAGAUGGAUAUGCCUGUGAUUCAAACCAGGGACGCUGUUACAAUGGGGAAUGCAAGACAAGAGACAAUCAGUGCAAACACAUCUGGGGACAAAAAGCUUCAGGGUCGGACAAAUAUUGUUAUGAAAGACUGAAUGCAGAAGGCACAGAGAAAGGAAAUUGUGGAAAGGAUGGAGGUAACUGGAUCAAGUGCAGCAAACAUGAUGUAUUUUGUGGAUUUCUGCUAUGUGCAAAUGUAUCUAAAACCCCUCGUAUUGGCAAAUUAGAGGGUGACAUUCCACCAACAUACAUUAAUCACCAAAAGAGAGUUCUGGACUGCAGUGGUGCCCAUAUUCUUUUGGAUGAUGAAACUGACAUGGGAUAUGUAGAAGAUGGAACGCCAUGUGGCCCAUCAAUGAUGUGCCUAGACAGAAAAUGCCUCUAUAUUUCAUCACUAAACAUCAGUAGCUGUCCAAUGGGUUCAAAUGACAAAGUCUGUUCUGGACAUGGGGUUUGCAGCAAUGAAGCCACAUGCAUAUGCUCUUCUACCUGGGCAGGAACAGAUUGCAGCAUUUAUGACCCAAAAAAAGAGAUUAACAACAAAAAGGAGGAAGUACCAAAGGGUCCUAGUGCUACCAACCUUAUAAUAGGGUCCAUCGCUGGUGCCAUCCUGGUAGCAGCUAUUGUCCUUGGGGGGACUGGAUGGGGCUUUAAGUAA